GACCGAAGCUGAAGUAUCCCGCCUCCCGCCGGUGGAACAUUCCGACGGAAAGAUGGCAUCCUCUAAGUUGAAGCUGUUUCCGAGCCCAUUUCUGCCGGCAGCAGGUGAAAGAGGUUCACCCAUCAAACGGCCGAUGGCUGUGGCUACAAAGAGAGCUCUUGUUCCUUUUCAGGUGAAGAAUGAGAAAGUACAGAAACCACAAGCACUGGAAACGUUUAAUGUUUCACGGAGGGAUAUAAUGCAGUAUGCAGCAACUGAAGCCCUUGUUGGUGCUGCCUUCCUCUUCACAGAAGCUGCUGAAGCUCGUGUAGAGAAACUUGAGAACAAGAGAAAAAUCAUGGACAAACUCGAGAAACUUAGAGAGAAGUUCGGGAUUUCUAAGCCAAAAGCGGAAGCACCUCCAUCACAGAAAUCACCAGAUGAGAAAAGCCUUCCAACUUUCCCCCUACCCCCUCAAGAAGGCCGGGUAGCAGGCCGAGUAGGACCCUUGGUGGAAGCAACCGCAGCAAUAUUUAAAUGUCAUUCUUAAAUCUUAAUCUUGACUUCACAAUCAAAUGCAACUCUUUCCUACAUCUCUACUCACUGCACCUGUAUGCUAAUAAUUCAAACUCUACAUCGUUACUUGUUAGCCCAACUUGUGCAAUCAUUUUUCAUACAUAAUUUCCAAAACAAAAAAAAUGAGAAUGAAAGUGAUGCACACAACUAAUCUCACAAUCUUAUGUUACAUCGUUCUUUUGAUUA